UGGUCAGUCUGAACAGAAUCAACGGAUUCGAAAGAAGGCGGCCAUUUUUGAUUUCAUUUCGAGCGCGGCAGAUUCCGGAAAAAGGAAAAUAUUUGUGAAGAUAUCAACAAAUUUGAAGAUCGAGACAGUAUCCUGUAGGCAUUGCAAAGGCCAUCAUGAGUUUCGAGUUUGCUGUUCCGCUGACGCGGAAGGAUCUUCUGAAGCGAACCACCGACACACAGUAUGUUGUGGAGGAAGUGCUGACCAUCAGACAGAUCAACACACAGAUUCAUGGUUUAAAGGCUGCCUUCAGAUCAGGCCCUGCUGCCAUCCUGGAGAACUUCGACCUGAUCUACAGUGUUCUCAGCCAGCUGAAUGAAGUUGAGAGUGAUGUUAAGGAGGAGGUCUGGAACUUACUAGUCAAAGCUGUGUCUCAGCAUGCAGCCCAGCUGCCGGCCCUGCUGGAUACUGCAGACUUUGACUGCAGCACACGUCUGCAGCACCUCAACACACUGAAGAUGUCAGCCUACCUGCUCACACAGUUCAUGGAAGCCUUCGAGGCAGAGGACACCAAACCUACAACUGUCACUGUGACUAAGGGUCGUAAGUCAAAGAAGAAGACUUCAAAAGGUGACUGGGACUGGGAAGGAGAGCGACUGAGGGUUGUGCAGUCUCUGUCCCAGGUUGUUCAGCUGGAGAUCGGCAGAUUGUGGGAGCCGCCAGUAGUAGAGGAGGAGUUUGUCAAUAUGGUGGCUAACUGCUGCUACAAGCUCCUGGAGAACCCCAGCACCUGUAAGGAGAAGGGCAGUAAGGAGGCAGUCUUUCACCUGCUGGGCACACUGGUCAGGCGGUACAACCAUGGGCUGGGUGCUAGCCUGAAGAUAAUCCAGCUGCUGCAGCACUUUGAGCACCUGGCCAGCCCCAUGGCACAGAUGGUGCAGCUGUUCGCCCAGCAGUUUGGGGCCAAGUCUGUCAUCAGUGACAUCAUGAGAGAGAUUGGUCGUAUGGACCCCUCGAAGCUGGUGCGUGACAACAGCGGCACGCGCUCGUACGCUGGGUUCAUGGUGGAGCUGGCGGAGAGAGUCCCCGCCCUGAUGCUGCCCAACAUCAGCGUCAUCCUGUGUCACCUGGACGGAGAGUCUUACACCAUGAGGAAUGGUGUACUCGGUGUCAUGUCUGAGAUCGUCAUCAGGGAACUCAGCAAGGGCGACCUCGACGCCAAGGGCAAAAAUGCACGCGACCAGUUCUUGGACUGCUUGGAGGAACAUAUCCAUGAUGUCAAUGCCUUUGUUCGGAGUAAGGUCCUCACACUGUGGCUCCACAUCUGCAAUGAAAAGGCCAUCCCUCUGGGCCGGUGGCACCAGCUGCUGUGUCUGGUCGUUGGGCGUCUCCAGGACAAGUCCAGUCUGGUGAGGAAGGUGGCCAUACAGCUGCUCACCACCUUCCUCACAUCCAACCCUUUCGGAGCAAAGCUCCCCCUGGACGUGUUGAAGGCAGAACUUGAGAAGGAGUCUGCCAGGCUACAGGAGAUCAUGCCUGAACAACCUCAGGAGCAGCCACAGGAUGGCCGGCCAGUUGAGGAGGAGUGGUCAGUCAUCCAGCCGGAGGUGAUGACCGCUCUACAGGAUCUACAGGAGGAGGAGGAGGAGCAAGAGCUGAUAGGGGAGGAGGAUGGGCUGGAGAGUGUUGUGCUGAAGGUGAAGACUCUCCUGCAGCAGUCCCAGCACAAGUCUGCAGCCAGGCUGGUGAUGGCGGCACGGGAGGCCUGGCCUGACGAACACGUCUUUGCUAACACAGGCAGUGGGGAGGGGGAAGAAGAGAAAGAGGAAGAUGACAGCGGACUGCAGCCUGACCAGAGGAAUCUGUUAGAGAUCCUGGAGGCCAUCUUUGUUGGGACCACAGUUGGGAUUCCCAACCCAGAAGAGGUGUUGCCUGCAUCUAUACAGGAAGGGGGUACCGAGGAGGGGGUACCAGAGGGGACUGUUACCGAGACUGAGGGGGGUGAAGAGGGAGGUGUGGUUAAUGAAGUCAGCAAACAGCAAGUCAUCGUGCAGUACCUGAAGGAUUCGGUGAACUUUGCGACCCAGAUGCAGCGCGCCAUCCCCAUCCUGUGUCAGCUGCUGGGGUCAAAGGCCACCUCCGACAUCCUAGAGACGAUCGAGUUUUUCGUGAGCGCGUUCGAGUUUGGGCUGGCGGGGGCGAUGGAGGGGGUUCGGCGCAUGCUGGUUCUGAUCUGGUCUGGGGAGAAGUCAGUGAAGGAAGCUGUAGUGGAGGCUUACAAGAGGCUGUAUCUGUCCCCUACUGGAGGGAACGCCAGAGCCAGGAACCUGGCCAUUGUGAAGAAUCUAACCGCUCUGACAGUGGGUGCUACAGUGGGGGAGCUAACAUCACUGGAGGAACUGAUCUGUGAGUUGGUGCGCACUUCUCUGCUGACCUCCGGAGUGGUGACCUUACUGUGGGAGAGGUUUGCCCUAAAGAUCCAGGGCACUACCGCCGAGGACAGCCGGGGGGCGCUGCUGCUGCUGGGCAUGGCUGCAGGUGCUGAGCCGGACAUGGUGAGGAGUAAUGUGGAUGUGCUGGUACAGGAGGGACUGGGACAGCGCGGACAGGACGACAUGCAGCUGGCCAAGGACACCUGCACAGCGCUGCUCAAACUCGCAGGCAGCCAGAAGCGUAAGGCAGGGUGCCAUGAGGAGCCACUACGCUUCCCCGCUGACCACGACAUGUUCACAGGGCUGGCCGGCAUCCUGGUCAAUGGUGUUGAGAACCUGGCCAACCCCUACUGGAUCCCCCUGAUGGAGCAGGGUCUGAACGUGGUGUACCGUCUGUCGGAGAACCCCGACGUCGUCAUCGGCAACGUCAUCAAGGGCGUGGCAGCGGUGGUGCUGCGGGCCAGGGAAGCUGAAUCAGGACAGGAACAGGCCCAGGAACCUGAAUCAGCAGAGACACAAGAAGAACCCCCUACCAGCCCCACUAAGAUCAUACGUUGCUCGUCGGGCGUGCUGUCCCGCCUGAUGGCGCUGGCCGGCCACUGCGCCCUGCGGCAGCUGGUGCACCUGGACGUGGCGCUGACAGGUGAGCUGAAGCGGCGCAGGAUGCUUCAGGAGGAGAGGAACAGCAAGGCUGGGAGGAAGGGCAACACGAGCGCCAACAACACACCCAGUAGUACACCCGCUGGCAAGGGGAAGGAUGACAAGGAACUGUCCAUCGAGGAUGAGAUGGGGCUGGCUGGUGCCUCGGCAGACGAUGCGGAGGCUGAGUACAUCCGCAAGAUCUGUGAGAAAGAGGUGGUCACUGGUUCCAGCCUGCUGGCCCUACUUGCCCCAGUGAUCGUAGCUGUCUGCAGCAACUCCACCAUGUUCCCCCACCCCCAGCUGCGAGCCACCGCCAGCUUGGCCCUGGCUAAGUACAUGCUGGUCAGCUCCGAGUUCUGUGAGGCACAUCUACAACUACUCUUUACCAUUCUGGAGAGGGCUCCGCAGCCAAUCAUCCGAGCCAACACCAUCAUUGCUCUGGGUGACCUGAGCUUCCGCUUCCCCAACCUGAUUGAACCCUGGACACCAAACCUGUAUGCCAGACUGCGUGAUGACUCGUCCCACGUGCGUAAGAACACCCUGAUGGUCCUGACCCACCUCAUCCUGAACGACAUGCUGAAGGUCAAAGGUUACAUCAGCGACAUGGCGGCCUGUAUGGUGGACGACGUGUCCGGGAUCGCUGACCUGGCCAAACUCUUCUUCCUGGAGCUGUCCAAGAAGGGUAAUUCCAUCUACAACAUCAUGCCUGACAUGGUGAGUCGGCUGUCUGACCCUGACUGUGGGGUGACUGAAGAACACUUCAGGACCAUCAUGAAGUACCUGUUCUCCUUCAUCCAGAAGGACAAGCAGUCAGAGAGUCUGGUGGAGAAGUUGUGUCAUCGCUUCAGGGCAACCAGGACCGAGCGCCAGGCCCGUGACCUGGCCUUCUGUCUGUCCAUGCUGUCCCUGAGUGAGAAGGGUGUCAGGAAACUACAGGAGAACUUUUCCUGCUUCGGAGACAAGCUGGGCAGCGAGGACAUCCACAACUCCUUCUGUACCAUCCUCAAGAAGGCCAAGAGCUUCGCUAAACCUGAGGUCAAGGCACUGGUGGAUGAGCUGGAACAGCGUAUUGAGCAGUGCCACAACAAAGGCAUGAGCGACGAUGAGACACUGCAGAAGGCCAACAAGGCUCGUACCACUGGUAAAAAGGGGGGACAGACUCCAGGCAACGGACUACAGAAAGGCCGCACGCCUGGAAGAAGGAGGCGUGGCCGACAGGCGUCACGGAAACAAGACUCCAGCUCUGAGGACGACGGGCCAAACCAUUCACCUACACAGGGGGAGGAGCAUCCUGCCAAGAGAGGGGUGAAAGGCAAGAAGCAGAAGGCAGGGAAGAAGAACAGAAAGACAGUUUCUCUCUCCAGUGAUGACGAGAGCGAUAUUGAGCUGUUUGAUGUGAAUGGAGAUUCCACAGCAGCUGAUCCAGACGGUGAGAGUGACCAGGAAAACACAGACCCGCAGCCCAACAUCACACCCAUCCGCCGAGCCAAGGGCAGGAAACACAGGAAAAAACACCUCACAGCUGCCGAGGACAGCUUUUCAGAAGCCACUCCUGUCAAAUAACACUCUAGUUCCUAUAUAAUAACCUUUCUCUCAUCACUGAUGUCUGUCCUACGUCUCAGGUGUGAAAGGCUUGUAGAAGAUACAUUCUAUUACUAGAAGGUCUGCAGUUUUAGAUAAGUGUUUUUACACCUUGAUGUCUAUAAGAAAUGGUUCAGACUAUAGGUUGAAUUCUGGCUAAUGAAAGAGGGUAAUUUCAAAUGUUGACUUAUGGAAGUGCCAACUUUUCUAUGCAGAUUAAUGGAAUUCUAUACUGUAGGGAUGUCUAAAUGUGUAUAUGUUGUUUUCGUGCUGUCACACGAUAUACUGUGAUAAUGGAUCAGUGCAGAGUGAAAACUGCAUCAUGAAUUAAUAACAAGAUAAUUUAAUUUCGGUCCUCUCUUUUUAGUCUUAAGAAUAUGGAAGAACUAGGAUAGAAAAAAUCUAUCUUUUUUGUGUUCUUACAAGAUACGUUCAAUUUUGAACCACAAGAUUGUCUCCAGUUUUAGAUCCUGUUGUGUAGAAAUUUUCCUCUUCUUAUGUUGUCUUAAUAGGUAUUCACUUUCAUAAUGACUUAAGAUAAAUAAAAUUUUCUCUCAUAGUGUGAGAUUUUA